ACAGCCACCGCACCCAGUCGACUUCAUCUCUGUUCUUGCCGCCGGUCGUUCGCAUUACCAUUCCUCCUGCCCCUCCUCCUCCUCUUUCAGUGGUCAACCUCUCCGAUCGCUCUGCAGCUGUUCAAAUGGCUUCGGCUGCCACAGAAGGACUUCACCGGGACAUAGAGAGCGGCGUUCUGCCACUGCCGAGCUCUGCCGCGACAGGGCUGUUCGAUCAAUCUUUGAUGAAGAACAAGGCCGCGCCACACAAGGGCACGGAGCUGCACUCAGCGGCGGAACAGGAUGACGUCACCUCCGAUAGGCAGGUUCUCCUCGAAAUCGAAGGCCGACGGGCGAUCCAUGGGGCGACCGCGGAAGCAAGCGUUGCUCCUUUGGAGUCGGUGGAUGAAGUGAACGCAUCAGGAGAGACUGCCUUGUUCGCUGCAGCAAAGAGUGGGAAUGCGAGCAUGGUGAAGGAACUGCUCAAGCAUUCGACCAGAGAAGAGGUUAUGAGGAAGAACAUCGACGGUCUGACUGCCCUGCACGCUGCUGCUGGUCAUGGACAUGCUGACAUUGUUGAAAUGCUUUUAGAUUAUGAACCCGAGUUGAUCAAGACCGUUGGCCCCUCAAAUAGCAGCCCUCUUAUGGCUGCAGCUGUAAGAGGGCACGCUGCUGUAGUUGAUCAGCUGCUAGCAAAGGAUUGCAGCUUGUUAACAGGUAUCAAAUCAAAUGGAAGAAAUGCGUUGCAUCUAGCUGCGAGGCUCGGGCUUGUAGAGGUUGUUCGAUCCUUGCUUGGCAAAGACAAGCAAUUGGGACGGAGGAGUGAUUCGAAAGGCCAAAAUGCAUUGCAUAGGGCCGUGAAAGGAUAUAGUCAAGAAGUGGUUAAGUUGCUUAUCGAGGCAGAUCCGGCGGUGGUUGUGCUUCCUGACAUGCUCGGUAACACGGCAUUGCAUGUCGCCACGAGAAAGGCUCGACAUAAGAUAGUGGAGGAGUUGUUACUGUACCCUGAAACCAACGUCAAUGCAACGAAUAAGGACCACAAAACUGCUCUUGACAUAGCUGAAGAGCUCCCUUACUCUCCAGAGUCCAUUAAAAUCCGAAGCUGCCUCUCUCGUAAGGGUGCUUCCCGAGCUAAUGACCUUGGAGCUGUUCAAGAACUUAAUAGAGUUCUUCAGGGCGGGAUCAACAGUGCACGUUCCGUGAAUAUGGCCGCCAUUCUCAUAGCCCAAAUUGCAUUUGCAGCCAUUUUCACCGUGCCUGGUGGUGGUGAUAAUAGUGGGAUUCCUCUGGCCAUGACCGAUACCUCCGUUCAAGUAUUGAUCAUCUGUAACUCUAUAGCUUUUUUUGCAUCAAUGGCUGUUGUGCUAAUUCAGGUCACAACGGCCAGAGGAGAGACCGAACCAGAGGCACUUGCCAUGGUGGUGGAGGUAACGAGGAAACUCAUAUGGCUCGCGACAAUCUGCAUUUCUGUGGUAUUCAUGACUGCAAUAUAUGUAGUGGUCGGGAGGCGGAACGAGUGGGCUUCGACCUUGAUUACCGUUACCGGGGGAGUUAUAUUACUGGGCUCUCUUUGCAUCAAGACUUACUACGAGAUGAAAUUAAGGAGGAUUAGGUCGAGAAGGAAAAAGGAAACAUAGGCCAAAAACCGAGAUUCGUAUCAGUUGAAAGAUUCAGUGCAUCAAUACUGGGCGACUUCUAUGAAGGCGCAGCAGAGUGUUGGGUGCUGAACCUAUGCCGAGUGUAUGCCGUAGU